UUCAGUAGUAGUGCAGCGUUGGUUCCGUUCGGAUCGUGUUUCGAGACAUCGGCUCUCUUGUCCGGGCCAACUGAUACAAACCGUGCUAGCGUGCGGUGCGAGAGAGAGAGUGAGAAAGGAGUAGUACACUGCAAAUAUCGUACGUGCUGCGGGUAAAUGCCAUCGAAUUCGAAUUGGCGCGCGCUCGUGUGUGUAUAACUUGGGUUUCUGUGGUGUGUAACCGUCGCAACCGGAACCCCACGCUUACUCUAGGCCCCAUCGACAACCCCACAAUUGCCAGCAGGCAGGCAGGCAGGGGAAGGAGCGGAGAGCCCGUACAAAUCUACCGUUUUACGAGGUGAACCACAGCUUUUAAUUCAUUCAGACCGACGAUCGGUCGUCGCUCAUUGCGCCCCACCUUGCCGGACCGCGUCCAACGUGUUCGGGGUGUGUGUGUGCUGAACAAAACCGGUGAACCAAUCAAGCAAAUAAAACAAAAUCAAGUAAAGUGUGCACAUAUUUUUUCCAACGACUGCAGCUUUUACGUUCAAAGUGAAAGCGCGCGUUGGCGAUUUUUUUUUCGUUUUUUUCGCGUCGAACGACGCGUGUGUUUUUCGGUUCAACUUGUCGCCUCUGUCCGACGCCCUUGCGCAUCGACGGUCAUCGCAUCGUCAGCCUCAACCAACCGCAUUCGGCGAUUGUGUGUUCUGGGAACUGAGUACCGAUUAAUAUUUUAUUUGAAGCAACAACAAAAAAACAAGUGAAGCGUUAAAAAAGGAAUCAGUGAAGAGUGUUGGAAGGGAAGAAAACAUUUCUGUGCCGUCGGGAUCGGGUUUCCAGAUCCUCGUAGCCGCUCUACCUGAGCUAAUUGGAUUACCUUCAACCGAGUAAAAUAUUUCGAACGAAAUUGAUUCACCCGACGCCGACGUCGUUACUGCUGCCGCCACCGCCGCUACCAUCGCGGAUGAAGGUGGAUUAAAUAAACCUAACGGAAGUGUUCGGAUUGUGCUCAGCAGUGAGAAGCGGAUUAACAGUGGGAGUAAAUUAUAAACAAGAAAGGUUAUUUAUUGUUCACAACAACAGAAACGAACAAGAAGAAAAGUGGAAAUAAUUUCGUUUGUUCCGAGAAGCGAAGCGGUAUAUAGGAAAAUUGUUAUUGGACGCCGUCCGUCGUUAUUAGUGCUGAAGGUUUUACCAUCAUCCGACGGCAAUUCCGUACCGUCCCAUGGCUGAGUGAAGAAGAGUAGUGAAAAACGUGUGGAUGAUCAAACGUGUGCGAAGUUUCGAGAAAUUACUGGCUCCAUCACGCCCAUAUAUAAUUUCGGAGGUUACAACAGUGGUGUUGUUUGGUUUUUAAUUGUGAAGUGCCUGUGCCCACAAAAAAAACGAAUUUGGGUGCAAUCGAGAGAAAUCAAAUUGAAAAUCACACAGUUGAUUCGAUUAAAUAUGCCGUUCGUGCUGGAGCAAUCUGUCCGUCAGAAAUCGUGUCAAAAUCCGGUUGCCACCGUUAGCAGCCGCCGCCGCCAGAUCUGUCAUCGCUAGCAAUGUUUACUUGUCUCCAGUGCUACUAGGAUUACCAGUGCGCGAGUGUCCAGUGUAAUCAGCAACCAACUAAACACAGAUCGUUUCGGAUCAAAACUACUUUUCGGUUUUCGAUUGUUUUUGUUCUUCUAGAGUGACACAAUGUAUCCCAAUGCUGGAAUCAAUGCGGCUGCCGUCGCCGCCCGACAUCCGGGCCCGCCGCAGUCAACACAGCCGUUCAAGUUCACCAUCACCGAAAGCUGCGAGCGGAUAAAGGAGGAGUUCAACUUCCUGCAAGCACAAUAUCACAAUUUAAAAAUGGAAUGUGAAAAAUUAGCCCAGGACAAAACGGAAAUGCAGCGGCACUAUGUGAUGUACUACGAGAUGUCCUACGGCCUAAAUGUGGAAAUGCACAAACAGACCGAGAUCUCGAAAAGGUUAAAUGCAAUAAUCACUCAGAUCGUACCUUUCCUGUCCCAGGAGCACCAGCAGCAGGUUCUGACCGCGGUAGAACGGGCGAAACAGAUUACCAUGUCCGAACUGAACGCCGUGAUAGGGCAGCAACAACGUCCCGAUCUGCCCCGAUUGCUGCAGCAGAUGCACGCCCAGCAGAUACCCGGAGCGCACGGCGCACCACCGAUGCCGGUGGGGAUGCCCCAUCCUAGUCUCGGCCCUGGUGGUCUCGGUGGACCACUGGGAGCUCUCGGCAGUACCCCACCGCAGCACCCUUUGGCCAUUCUGAACAAGCAGGAACUGCACCGACCGGAGGAGUCCAAGAGCAGCAAUAGCAACAUCAUGCCGCUGGAUGAUCGGCAUCGAAGUUCCAUCUCACCUAAUGACCGGGACAAAUAUCGACCCCGAACGCCCGAAUCAUCCCACGAGUUGAAGAAGGUGAAGAAGGAGGAAAAGGAUAUGGGUCAUCAGUCCGAUGGCGAAAAGUCUGAUCAGGAUUUAGUGGUGGAUGACGCGUCCGAGAUUAACCCGAUGAGUCCGAUGCCAAACCAGCAUCAUAAUGGAACAGCCUCACCACGGGAAAACGGCAUGAUGCCAAAAAAGAUGGACGUUCAGGACCGGGAACGUAUCGGAACACAUUCGCCACGAUCAGGAACCUCGUCGAACGCCUCCACCCCCUCAAACAAAAAGCUGGACGAUAAACCUACGACACCGAUCGCCAAACCUGCCACGCCCACCAACUCGGCUGCCAGUAACGGUGUUCCUAAGGUAGUAAAUAAACCACCGGUAUUAAAUCCGGGCUAUCCGCCGUACCUCGGAGGACCACUCAAUGGUGCUCCCCAUGAACUGCAAGCCGCCUACGGUGGCCCCGGAGUGCACAACAAUCUGCCACAUCCGCUCAACAGCUACGCCCGCGUUGCCUUCGAGCCGCAUCCGCAGAUGCGAGCUCCGCUCGGUCCGAUUGCAAUUCCCGGCGGCAAGCCCGCCUAUUCCUUUCACGUAAACGCCGAAGGUCAAAUGCAGCCAGUGCCCUUUCCUCAGGAUGCCCUGGUAGGUCCAGGGAUACCAAGGCAUGCACGACAAAUUAGUUCCCUGACUCACGGCGAAGUAGUCUGCGCCGUCACGAUCUCGAAUCCUACCAAGUACGUGUACACCGGUGGUAAAGGUUGCGUCAAGGCGUGGGAUAUCUCCCAGCCCGGUAACAAGAAUCCAGUUUCGCAGCUGGAUUGUUUGCAACGUGACAACUACAUCCGCUCAGUGAAACUGCUGCCCGACGGUCGGACGCUGAUCGUCGGCGGUGAAGCAUCCAACCUGUCCAUCUGGGAUCUCGCUAGUCCAACACCUCGCAUCAAGGCUGAACUGACCUCGAAUGCGCCCGCCUGCUACGCGCUGGCCAUCUCACCCGACUCGAAAGUGUGCUUUUCGUGCUGCUCCGAUGGCAAUAUUGCCGUGUGGGAUCUACAGAACCAGACGCUGGUGCGGCAGUUCCAAGGUCACACCGAUGGAGCUUCAUGUAUUGAUAUUAGCGCUGAUGGUACAAAACUGUGGACCGGUGGGCUGGACAAUACCGUACGGUCUUGGGAUCUGCGGGAGGGUCGACAGCUGCAGCAGCACGACUUCAGUUCGCAGAUCUUCUCGCUUGGCUACUGUCCGACUGGCGACUGGCUUGCGGUCGGCAUGGAGAACUCCAACGUCGAGGUGCUGCACGCCAGCAAACCGGACAAGUACCAGCUUCAUCUGCACGAGAGUUGCGUGCUUAGCUUGAAGUUUGCCGCCUGCGGCAAGUGGUUCGUUUCCACCGGCAAGGACAACCUGCUGAAUGCGUGGAAGACACCGUACGGUGCCUCGAUCUUCCAGUCUAAGGAAUCAUCCUCCGUUCUAAGCUGUGAUAUCUCCGCUGACGAUAAGUACAUCGUGACCGGUUCGGGCGAUAAGAAGGCCACCGUCUACGAGGUUAUGUACUAGGCGGAGGACGGAGAAUUCGCUUUCUCCCGGAUCCGGCUACGUACGUACAUAAAUUAAACUAGAACCGAAAGUGUCAUAGAUUUUGCCGAACGUGUUCCGGCGAGGCCCGAGCUCGAAGGCAAAACAGUAACUUAGUCGCAAAACACACCCACACCCACACAGAAACAAAAACGGUAAGCUAAAUAAUGCAACAAACAACAGCAAAAAAAACCUGUAAAGCCUGAUUACACUCAUUAAGCUACACUGUAAGUAAAAGAGAGAUAUUAUUUGUGGUGAAAUCAGUUCAAGCUAUAAGUAAUAAGUUGAAGAAAAAUAUUAAAUUCCCUUAUACUCUCGUUAGAGUUAAAUCAGAAAACAGAAAAAAUCUACCAAAUGUAUAAAGUUCUAUCAAUCUUGGACAAUGUUCGAUAUAUUGAAUUGUAUAAAAAACUAUCCGAUUUAUCUUUCGCUUCAAAUCCCGUGAGAUUGCUUUCCUCGAACUGUGCCGAAGGCAUUUGAUUUCACCUAGAGAAAAAAAGCGAGCAUUGCGUACCGAGAUCGUUCCUAUUUUCAAGGAACCUUUUCUGUUUUGUAGAAAAAGUAAAAUAUUUAGUAAGACCCUCCAAAAAAGUAGCCGAAAUAAAUAUGGAAUAUCGAAAUUACUGUUCGUUUCCUCUAUUUGCUAAAUUGUAGUAGAAAACGUCUCAAGCUUUACCUUGUUUUGUAAGCUUUUGAACAUAAGAUUUAGGACAACUCUGUAAAGGUCACCUUCCUAGCGGUUAGCGAGUGGUAGAACAUUUUUCUGUUUGUAGGGUAACUAACAUUCGGAAGUAAAGGUAGGUCCCGUCCUCCCUUCUGGGGGGACACGGGUUUAGAAACAGUACGAUCUAGUUUGAAAAAAAGAGAGAAAUUUAAUCAGAAGCAAACAAACUAAAACGAGAAAAAAAUGAAGCAAAGGAUUAUACUUAGCGAGAAUAAUCGUAAGAUUGGAGUAAUAUAGCUUACUAAGUGAAACAAUGAGCACUAGAGCUGCGAUCCGUAGUGAUGCUAAAAUAUGUAAAGAUAAUGUGUAAUUAUUGUUUUUAUGAAAAAAAAUAAUACUGAAAAUUGUUCUUAUUUUUCA